AUGGCGAGAAUCUUGAACGUCAGUCUGAACGGGAGUGACGAAGCAGACAAAGAUGCCCCUUCUCCUGAAACCAAACACUAUGUGUCUUCCUCUCACUCAAGUGACGAAGCAGACAAAGAUGCCCCUUCUCCUGAAACCAAACAUAAUGCGUCUCCCUCUCACUCAAGUGACGAAGCAGACAAAGAUGCCCCUUCUCCUGAAACCAAACACUAUGUGUCUUCCUCUCACUCAAGUGACGAAGCAGACAAAGAUGCCCCUUCUCCUGAAACCAAACAUAAUGCGUCUCCCUCUCACUCAAGUGACGAAGCAGACAAAGAUGCCCCUUCUCCUGAAACCAAACACUAUGCGUCUACCUCUCACUCAAGUGACGAAGCAGACAAAGAUGCCCCUUCUCCUGAAACCAAACACUAUGCGUCUCCCUCUCACUCAAGUGACGAAACAGACAAAGAUGCCCCUUCUCCAGAAACCAAACACUAUGCGUCUCCCUCUCACUCAAGUGACGAAGCAGACAAAGAUGCCCCUUCUCCUGAAACCAAACACUAUGCGUCUCCCUCUCACUCAAGUGACGAAACAGACAAAGAUUCCCCUUCUCCUGAAACCAAACACUAUGCGUCUCCCUCUCACUCAAGUGACGAAGCAGACAAAGAUACCCCUUCUCCUGAAACCAAACACUAUGCGUCUCCCUCUCACUCAAGUGACGAAGCAGACAAAGAUGCCCCUUCUCCAGAAACCAAACACUAUGCGUCUCACUCAAGUGAUGCAGCAGACAAGAAUACCAAGCACUAUGUAUCUGACUCUGACAGGAGUGAAGAAGAUCAAGUUGACACGCCUCCACAAAUAAAACACUAUGUUUCUGACUCUGAUGGGAGUGAAGGAGAUAUAGUUGACGGGAGUGACGAAGAUCAAGUUGACCUGUCUGCACAAACAAAACACUAUGUUUCGGCCUCUGAUGGGAGUAAAGGAGAUAAAUUGGAACCGUCUUCAACAGCAAAACAAUAUGUUUCUGACUCUGACAGGGGUGAAGGUCAAGCUGGCUCGUCUUUGCAAACAAAAUACUAUAUUUCUGAUACUGACGAGAGUGAAGGAGAUCAAGUUGACCCUUAUUCACAAGCAAAAAACUAUGUUUCCGACUCUGACGGGAGUGAAGAAGAUCAAGUUGAGCCGUCUUCACAGGGCAAACAAUAUGUUUCUGACUCUGAUGGGAGUGAAGGAGAUCAAGUUGACGGGAGUGAAGAAGAUCACAGUGAGCCGUCUUCACAAGCCAAACAAUAUGUUUCUGACUCUGACGGGAGUGAGGGAGAUCAAGUUGACGGGAGUGAAGAAGAUCACAGUGAGCCGUCUUCACAAGCCAAACAAUAUGUUUCUGACUCUGACGGGAGUGAGGGAGAUCAAGUUGAGCCGUCUCCACAGGGCAAACAAUAUGUUUCUGACUCUGAUGGGAGUGAAGAAGAUCAAGUUGAGCCGUCUCCACAGGGCAAACAAUAUGUUUCUGACUCUGACGGGAGUGAGGGAGAUCAAGUUGACGGGAGUGAAUGUGAUCAAGUUGAGCCGUCUUCACAGGGCAAACAAUAUGUUUCUGACUCUGACGGGAGUGAGGGAGAUCAAGUUGACGGGAGUGAAGAAGAUCAAGUUGAGCCGUCUUCACAGGGCAAACAAUAUGUUUCUGACUCUGAUGGGAGUGAAGGAGAUCAAGUUGACGGGAGUGAAGAAGAUCACAGUGAGCCGUCUUCACAAGCCAAACAAUAUGUUUCUGACUCUGACGGGAGUGAGGGAGAUCAAGUUGACGGGAGUGAAGAAGAUCAAGUUGAGCCGUCUUCACAAGCCAAACAAUAUGUUUCUGACUCUGACGGGAGUGAGGGAGAUCAAGUUGCCGGGAGAGAAGAAGAUCAAGUUGACCUGUCUCAACCAGCCAAUACAUGUAUCUAUGAAACUGACUGUGACGAUAGUGAUGCAGAAGGUCAAGUUGACCCUUCUCCUCCAACCAAACAGCAUGUACCUGACGCCGAUGAGAAUGAAGAUAUGCCCAGUUUGCAUUGCAUUUGCAGACAACCCAAUGAUGGCAGACCGUAUGUUCAGUGCAAUAAUUGCAUGAAAUGGUAUCAUUUCGAGUGUGUUAACUUCAUCAAUGAUGGUAGCAAUGAAGACCUGCCAUAUUACUGUCCUGUAUGCCACAACAAACAAGGUGAAACACUGUCUCAUGAUGAGGCUGGAUUUAAUGAUGACGAUGACCUGCGAGAUGAAUUCAGGCCCUGCACGCACUGA